AUGGUGAAUCUUCAGGUUACCCCUGAAACUGGUCUGGCAGAUGAACAUGUGCACAUUAAAGCUUUAGGACUGAAACCCCAUCAACUGACAACUAUUCGUUUAACACUUCAUGAUGAUAUUGGAAACAUCUUCCAGUCACGAGCAUUUUACAAAGCUGAUGGAGAAGGGCAAAUCGACCUGGAUAGCAAUCCAGCUCUUGGAGGAAACUAUGAAGGAGUAUAUCCAAUGGGACUGUUAUGGUCAUUGAAGCCUCAAAAACCAUUUCAGCGACCUGUUAAACGACAUGUGAAAGCUAGCCCAUUUCUGUACACGGUGGAUCUUUUUACAUUUAUAUCACUAGGGUUAAGCGCUGAGCCACAGCCCACUUGCAGUGCUACAUUUAAUAGAUGGCACAUAGCUGCUGAUGUACAAAGGACCCAGAUCCAUGAAGGGCGAGUUCGAGGUACUAUUUUUUCUCCUACUGGAGAGGGGGCAUAUCCUGGUAUCAUCGAUAUGUUUGGUGGAGGAGGUGGCCUUGCCGAAUACCGAGCUAGUCUUCUUGCCAGUCGUGGGUUUGUGGUUUUUGCUCUGGCUUAUUUUGGUUAUGAGGAUCUUCCACGUUCAUUCCAAAAACUAGAAUUAGAAUAUUUUGAAGAAGCCACAGAUCUGCUUCUGAAACAUCCAAAGGUUGCUGGACCUCAACUCGGAGUUCUCGGAGUCUCAAAAGGUGCAGAAAUUGCCCUUUUGCUGGCUUCAUACCUACCAAAAAUUGGCGCUACUGUCAGUAUUAACGGUACUUCUAAUGUAUAUGGUAGCACAAUUUACCAUAAAGGUAAGGUUAUCAUUGAUGGAACACCCUACAAACAAGAGAAGAUGGUGAUCACUAAGGAAGGAUUUAUGAGCACUAUUGGUUUGUACGAGCCACGUGCUGAUUCACUUAUCCUUGUAGAAAGAGCUGCUGGAGAAAUACUUUUCUUAGCUGGCGGUGCUGAUCAAUAUUACAAUAGUCAAAAGUUUGCUCUAUUCCCUUUCUAUAGAUUGAAGAGAAAUGCUAAAACCAAAAGCAAGAUGAUAACAUAUCCAGGUGCUGGCCAUCUGAUUGAACCCCCUGGAUUCCCUUUUGCCUAUGCCUCACAUCUCCGUGGACAAAACAUGCCUCUGUUGUAUGGAGGAGAGAUGAUCCCUCACUGCCAAGCAGAAGAAUCGAUUUGGAAAGAAAUUCAAGCUUUUUUCCGGGAGCACCUGGGGCUUUCUAGUAAUUUGUGA